UAGAAGUCAUAACCUAAAAAAAAAGACAAAACGUCAAACGUCAAAGACUCAAAGUGAACAAAAAUCGCAAUUGUUUUAAUGAAACAAUUGCAUUAUAUAUUGAUGAUAAUUGAAACAAAUAACAUUUAACAAUGCAAGAAUCAACGGUAAAGUGAAAAAAGAAGUGUUAAGCUUUCUUGUUUAAUAAAGUAUUGAUAUAUAACGAGAUGAAUAUCUGUAGACAUUUACGUCAGUUUUGAUGUCCGAGAUAUAUCUCUUGAUAUCAGGGUCCAGGUUCGUGACUGUUAAGGCCUGUUAAGUGAAUAAGUGUUGAUAAGUGACUACUAAUUUAACUCUUUAUUGUGGUUAUUACAGCGACCUAAAAAUCAAGAAAUUGUUUCGAUACUUGUGUGUUUCUUGUGUUUUAAGACAUUGAACAAAAUUUUAGAAGAUUGCUAAUCCUCAUCAUGAAUCAUUGUCAAUAAUUGCCUCUCCAGUGAUAAAAAAAAUAAUUGAAUAAUCAUGUUUUGGUAGCUGACGCAAUUAACAUGAAACCACACCGUGAAGAAAUGGAUGAGGAACAUCCUGUCAGAGAGGCUAAUAAGAUUUGUGGGGUCUGUGGUGAUCGUGCUCUUGGAUACAAUUUUAAUGCAGUCUCCUGCGAAAGUUGUAAGGCCUUUUUCAGAAGGAACGCUCUUCGAAAAAAGGACUUUCGCUGCCCUUUCACGGAGAAUUGCAAUAUUUCUCCAGUAACUCGUCGUUUCUGUCAAAAAUGUAGACUCGACAAGUGCUUUAAUAUAGGAAUGCGAAAGGAAUACAUAAUGUCCGAGGAAGACAAAGUAUUGAAACGACAGAAAAUUGAGCAAAAUCGUGCAAAAAAGCGACCAAAUCGCGACGGUUUGAAAGUGACAAAAAUGAAGAAAGAAUCAAUGGACGAAUUGAAUUUCGAUAAUGAUACAUCGGCUUCAAUUGCUUCGGUAGUCUCAACAGGUUCAACAAUCACAGAAACAUAUUUUUGGGAAUCCGACCGAAAAUACACAGAUCUCGACGCAAAUCGACAGUCAGUUAUUGAUAGUAUGAGUCCAGUACCUGCAGCAAGUGUUCCAAGUCCUUUGAGUCCUCCGGAAAAUUUAGAUAUCGCUGGUUCGAAAACUCUCGAAAUGUUAAAAGAUUCAUACAAUUCAUCGCCAAGUUAUCACGAACUUAGUCCUCGUGCUAAUACAAAUCAAUCCAUCAAGAUAGUAACACCACAUGUUGAUAAGAAAACAUCACCAGUUCAAUGUACGACAGAAGAAAAUUUAACUACAUCACCAAUCAAAGAGAAUUUAAUAAAUAAGAAAAUUCAAAACGAAGAGAAUGGGAAAAUAAAAUAUUCUGAAUCAUGUUCCCAAUGUACUCCAAUCUCAUGUUCUAGUAAUAGUACCAAUAAUAAUAAUAAUAAUAAUCUACCAAUCGCAAAGAAUUGUCAUAUAAAAAAUUCCAAUAUUGCCAUGAAAAUCUCACAGGAUCCGGAAUUAAUUUCAAAAAUGGUUAAUAAUCCGCAUUUAUUGUCGAAAAUAUUUAUGAAUCAGGAUGUUUUAAUGAAAAUUAUCACCGAUCCAGAGACAUUGGGGAAACUUACGGAAAAUCCGGAUGUAUCGCAACUUCUUCAGGAGAAUGUCAUCGAUUCGGAAAAUGAAAAUAUUGAGGUAUCAAAGGACGAGAUUAUUGAUCAUAAUGAUCCAGAUAUUCACGAGAAUUGUGAUAGUCAGGAUAUAGAUGGGCAAAAUAAUCAAAUUGAAAAUCCAAUACUAACGAAUUUGAUUACAAAUAAUAGUCCGGAUGAGGAGAAAAUUCAUAUAGAUGAAUCGAGCUCGAAAGAUUGGAACAAAAUGUCAGACGAUGUUACCAAAGAUGUUCUACAAGAAGUUCAGAGAUUGCCAAUAACUCCGAAUUCGAUGGAAUCAAUUCUUUGCAAAGCGAUAAAAUUGGAAUUUUUUGCAUUCUCUUCACUUGGGGCAAAUCUGAACAGUCGUGAAUUAAACGACUCAGAAAGAGCAAAAUUAAACGAAUUAAUAGUUGCCAGUAAAGCUUUACACGCACCUUUAGACGAUGACAUUUCGUCUAUAAUUGGCGAUGAAUAUUUAUUCCAGGGAAUUGGGAGUCAAUUUGAUCCGGCAUUGCUUGAUGUAAUAAAUUUGACGGCAGUGGCAAUAAGGCGUUUAAUAAAAAUGUCGAAGAAAAUAAGCGCAUUUAAAAAUAUGUGUGAGGAAGAUCAAUUGGCAUUGUUAAAGGGUGGCUGCACUGAAAUGAUGAUUUUAAGAUCGGCCAUUAAUUACGAUCCCGAUAAGCAUGUUUGGAAAAUUCCUCACACACAGGAGAGAAUGUCAAAUAUAAAAGUCGACGUUCUCAAGGAGGCGAAGGGCAAUUUAUUUGACGAGCAUACGAAAUUUUUCCACUCCUUCGAUCCCCAAUGGAAGGACGAGAAUAUUAUUUUAAUCCUCAGUGCCAUUGCUCUUUUCACACCCGAGAGACCGAAAGUUGUUCAUUCCGAUGUCGUCAAAUUGGAGCAAAACUCGUACUAUUAUCUUCUGAGACGAUAUCUAGAAAGCAUGUAUCCGGGAUGCGUGGCAAAGUCAACAUUCUUAAAAUUAAUUCAGAAGAUUUCCGAGUUGCACAGAUUGAAUGACGAAGUUGUGGGUGUGUACUUGAAUGUAAACCCAUCCAGUGUAGAACCCCUAUUAAUUGAAAUAUUUGAUUUGAAACAAUAAUUUAUAGUCAUCAGAGUCGCACUUCAAAUAGUUGAAACGUUCCGUAAAGUAAGUCAAACAACAAUUUUUUAUAUUAUUUAAAAAGACAAAAUUACCAUCAUUAGAUUUUCUCCAUCUUAUUUAUUUUUUUUUCUCAUCAUCUAUACAAUUUAAAAUUUCCUACUUUCAUUUUCAUGGAAAACAAGAAAAGAAAUUAAGAAAUUAAAAAUUAACAUUUUUAAAUGAAAAUUAAAAAAUUUCAUAACUUUGAAUAAUUUUCGUACUCGUAUUCGUUUUUGUUUUUAAAUUUUUUUCAGAUUUCUAAAUAUUUAAUUAGUAUAAAUAUUAAAGAUCAAAGUUGUUAAAGAUUGAUAAAAGGAGUUUUUAUAUAUUUUCUUGUUUAUAUAUAUAGAUAAUUAAAUUUUAUCAUAAUACGCACUAUUGCAAAAAAAUAAUGUUAAUUUUUUAAGGCAGACAAAUUUUUUCAUCACCAUUAAAAAUCGAAUAGUAAUGCAAAAAAAAAGUAAAAUAGUGAAUUAACUACCUUGGUGAAUGAGAGAAUGAGUGAAAGAAUCGAAAUUAAAAAAUUGUAUUAUAAUGAUUACCGCACUGUAAUCAAAAGUUGUGAUAUCGUCUUAUGAAAUAUAUUUUUUUCAAAAUAUA